AUGUCAACCGAAAUAGUACCAGCAUCAGCACCAUUCCUGUCUAUAGGCGACGACAAAGAAGAGAAUGGCAGUGGUAUUCCAAUUUACUUUGAAGAAGAUUGGAACCAGGGGAUCGGCGGUGGCUUGUGGUCGACGGGUCUCGCCUUUAGUCGGUACCUGACGACUCCUCAUGCCAAUGCCAACCUGCAGAAAAUGGCGGAUUCUAGUAUCGGUAGAUCUAGUACUGCUGGUUUGUCGGUGUUGGAAUUGGGAUCAGGGAAUGGCUUGUUGUCCGUCUGUCUUUUGGCUCUGUCCAAACAAUUGUUGGCCAAAACUAGUAGUACCGGUACACAAGCUUGCAUCAUUCGAGACCUGGUCAUUACGGAUUUAGCCGAUCAUCUACCCUUGAUUCAAAAGACACUGGACGCCAAUUCCCAUUUAUUACAGGUACAAGGAGAAGCUCAAUCAGCCACCACUAAUGUUCAUGUCUUGGAUCAUUCCUGGGGAUCCUUUCUACCAUCAUCCACUUCCGCAUCCGAAGAAGCUGAUACUAAUAAAGCACCCAUAACGUUUUCAGAGCAAGUCCAACAGGGCCAAAUCCAAUUUGAUUUGAUUGUGGGAUCGGAUGUGGCGUACCGCGAAGACUUGUACGAUAUACUCAUUACAUCUCUACAGCAAUUUGCACAUGACAACACUUGUAUUCUCAUUGGAUGUACCAUGAACGAUACCAAACCGGAAUUCUUUCACAAGUUGCGAACCGCUGGAUUUCGAUACCAAAAGUUUGCCGAUCACUUGUUGGAACGAGAUUUUCAAGGACAAACCUUUGGCAUUUUUGUCAUUGAGCGAGUCAAACAAGAAAAAUAA